AUGUCCUACCCGCAGUUUGGAUACCCCUAUUCCUCCGCACCCCAGUUCCUGAUGACCACCAACUCGCUGAGCACAUGCUGUGAGUCAGGUGGCCGCACGCUGGCGGACUCCGGGCCCGCCGCCUCGGCCCAGGCGCCUGUCUACUGCCCGGUCUAUGAGAGCCGGCUGCUGGCCACCGCGCGCCACGAACUCAACUCGGCCGCUGCGCUUGGCGUCUACGGGGGCCCCUAUGGCGGCUCGCAGGGCUAUGGCAACUACAUGACCUAUGGCUCUGAGGCGUCUGCCUUCUACUCGCUGAAUGGCUUCGACUCCAAGGACGGGCCUGGAUCUGCGCAUGCGGGUCUCGCGCCUGCAGCGGCUGCUGCCUACUAUCCCUACGAGCCGGCGCUGGGCCAGUACCCCUACGACAGGUACGGGACCAUGGACAGCGGCACGCGGCGGAAGAACGCCACGCGCGAGACCACCAGCACGCUCAAGGCCUGGCUGCAGGAGCACCGCAAGAACCCCUACCCCACCAAGGGCGAGAAGAUCAUGCUGGCCAUCAUCACCAAGAUGACCCUCACGCAGGUCUCCACCUGGUUCGCCAACGCGCGCCGGCGGCUCAAGAAGGAGAACAAGAUGACGUGGCCGCCAAGGAACAAAUGCGCAGACGAGAAGCGACCCUUCCCGGAGGGCGAGGAGGAAGAAGGGGGGGAAGAGGAAGCCAGGGAGGAGCCCCUCAAGAGCACCAAGAAUGAAGAGUCGGCGGGCAAAGAGGGAAAGGAUCUAGAGCUCACUGACUUGGAGGACUUCGACCCACUGGAGGCGGAGCCCCCUGAGUGCGAGCUGAAACCGCCCUUCCCGCCCCUGGAUGGCGGUCUGGAGCGCAUCCCUGCCGCGCCGGAUGGUCUAAGCGCCCUGGGAAAGGAGGCCUCGGGCACCCUCCGGAUGCCCCUGGCCGCCGGUGGCAGGGCGGCCCUGGACCAGGACCUGGAGAGGGCCAGGAGCCGCCUCCGGAGCACAGCGGCCGGGCCUGAGCAGCAGCCUGGUGCGGGGGGCAGCUCGCAGGCUUGCGAGGCCAAGCUGGGCUUUGCGCCGGCUGGGGCACCGGCGGGCCUCGAGGCCAAGCCACGCAUCUGGUCCCUGGCUCACACGGCAACCGCCGCUGCCACCGCCCUGAGCCAGACUGAGUUUCCGUCAUGCAUGCUCAAGCGUCAAGGUCCCGCUGCCCCUGCAGCCACUUCCUUGGCUCCUGCCUCGUCCUCACCUGCGGCCCCGGCCCCCACUGGUGCCCUGGACAGGCACCAGGACUCCCCGGUAACCAGUCUCAGAAACUGGGUGGAUGGGGUCUUUCACGACCCCAUCCUCAGGCACAGCACUUUGAACCAGGCCUGGGCCACCGCCAAGGGCGCCCUCCUGGACCCAGGGCCGCUGGGACGCUCGCUGGGGGCAGGCGCCAACGUGCUGACUACGCCCCUGGCGCGCGCUUUCCCCGCCGCUGCACCCCAUGACGCCCCAGCCUCGGGAGCAGCCAAGGAGCUGCUGGCCAUCCCCAAGACCGGCGGCAAGCCCUUCUGCGCCUAAGCGGCCCCGCCCCUGAGCAGAGGAGGGGCCGAGGCUCAGGCUGCAGGCCUGUAGGUCGCAGACUCUUUUUCUACCAAGUUUCCAAAGCAGGACAAGAGCUUGGCGAAGUUCAGGCAGCCAACCCACCGUGGAAGGAGGAGCUGAACUCGGCCUCUCCAGGCCACAGACCAGCACCCAGGAGCCGCCUUGCCAGGUCCACCGACCCCACCUGGACAUGCACUAGUUCGGGCCACUCCCAAACUCCGGGACCCAUCGGGUAGGGCUGCUCUCCGAGCAGAAGGGAGCCACCCUGAAGCAUAAAGUUUACGUCCGAAAGUUUACAUGGAGAAGACAUUUCCGUUCUGAGGCUUUGUUUGCUUGGCUGUCUCCUUUCGGGUUCGAGGCGCGCCGGUGUUCCUCCUGAAGACUCCUCAGCCCGUGGACCUGAUCGCAUCCUCCGCACAUUGGCCAACAGCACUCCACCUCGUUCACACUAUUGCACACU